AUGGCUUCAAUCAAUUACACUCCUAUAGGCUCUCGUUUUUGGAAGACAAUCUUUAAAAUCCUUCCCGAAGUCCAUGAGAAUGUUUAUGUGAAUGUUAGAGAAGGAAAAACUUCUAUUUGGUUUGAUAAGUGGUUGAGUAGUUGUCCCCUUGGGGAGUGUUCUCACACGGUCCAGCAUCCUGAGUUUAGGAUUCAAGAUUGUUGGGAGUCGAAGAAUUGGGAUAAUGAUAUGCUAAAAGAUUUGGUAGGGGUUCCAAAAACGAAUGAGAUUUUGUUGUCAUCUAUAAAGCACAAAUCGGUGCCUGACGUGUUUAUUUGGAAGCCUUCCAUUGAUGGAAAAUUUUCAGCUGUCUCGGCUUGGGAGUUUCAAGGUUCCACAAAGAAGAAGAAAAGGAUGAAGAGGAAGAAGAUCAAGGUUUUGAUUAGGAGACUAACCUCUAGUUUUAUUAGAUGCAUAUGUGGUGAAGUGAGGAAACUAAUCUCUAGUUUCAUUAGAUGCAUACGUGGUGAAGCAAUGAGGAAACUAAUCUCUAGUUUCAUCAGAUGCAUAUGCAGUGAAGCAAUGAGGAAACUAAUCUCUAGUUUCAUGAGAUCCAUAUGUGAUGAAUCAGAGGAGGAAGUUAGGUCUAGUGCGCCAAUGUUACAGACUUCUCUGGCAAUAUCAAGCUUGGAUCUUAGCUGCCCAACCUCAGACUGGGAGUACUCAUGUAGCAACUCAAGAACUACUAAUGACGAUGCCUCAAAGGAAAGCCUGCAAAGUCUACCGAUUUCCCCAUCCAAUUUGGACUUCUGCAUCAACUUGACCUCUAAUGGUGCAUUGGAUCCAAGCCUGGACUGGUGUAGCGAAUCGAGCAGUAAUAGUGCAUUAUAUUCGUUCAGGGUCGUUGAUUUGAACCUUUGUGUUGAUGAAAUAUGGAAAAAACACUAUUGCAGCCAUCACAAAAUACUUUUGGUGGGUGAAGGAGAUUUCUCAUUUUCUGCUAGUUUGGCGGUGGCUUUUGGAUCUGCUCCCAACAUGGUUGCUACAUCUCUCGACUCUUCUGGGUUUUUGGACAAAAAUUAUAAGAGGGCUAGGGCCAAUAUUGGUGAAUUGAAGUCCAGAGGUUCCACAGUCAUCCACGAUGUUGAUGCUACUGUAAUGACCAAUAACUACUUGCUCAAGGAUAUGAAGUACUUCGAUCGCAUCAUUUUCAAUUUCCCAUAUGCUGGCUUUUUCAAGACAGAGUCAGAGGAGUCCCAGAAAUGCCGCCACCAAACAUUGGUCUGUCUGUUUCUGAAGAAUGCGAAGGAAUUAGUUGCAGACAAGGGUGAAAUUCACAUUACCCACAAAUCAAAUGGUUUCCACCGACGGUGGAAUUUGGAGAGCUUGGCCUCGAGCGUUGGGCUGAGACUUAUAAGUGAGGUGCCAUUUAAUUUCAUUGACUAUCCAGGCUAUCGCACCAAGUGUGGAUUUGGAGGCGAUGGGAACUUCAGGUGCCACCCUUGCAACACAUACAAAUUUGGAUUCUGAAGCACAAAGAAAUGCAUACAGUUUGGAUGUGAUUAACGUACAUACGUAUACGAUUCUGCAGUAAUAUAUAUGUAGCAGUAGGAAUUAAAUGGGAAACUUUUUUAUGAUGUGGAGACUUGCUUUUGAAGUUGUUUGAUCUGGAGUCUUUGUUGUGGAUGUAUCUUGCGUACAUGGUUUUACAUUGGAAAUAUCUUUUUGCGGGGA